AACAAAUGUUCAAAGUUUCUGGCUUCACUGAAAUACCACCAAACUAGGUCAGUGGCCUCUUUAACACAUUUCCUUUCAACAGCACAGAUUACUGUCGUCAGAUGCAUCUCACAGAGCAAGUCAUCUGAAGAAAGCUGUGACUACGUCGAACAUCUUGUUGCAUGAUAAAAGUGACGGUGAGGUGAACGUGUGUCACAGAGACGAUGAACGGAGCUGCUUGAUCUUAUCUGAUACAAAUUCAAAUUAGAGAAAAAAAGGAAACAGUCGUAGAACAGUCUCCACCACAUUUUCACAGGAGAGUUUGCUCUUCAUGGCCGAGCUCCUGAUUGAUUCAAUUUUUGGGGGCCAACCAAAGAUGAUCUGAGAUGAACCUCUUCUCGUGUAUUUGGAGAUGGAUAAUCAUACUUCUCAAUUUCUCCCUCCACCGUUCCCCUCUGCGCCCAGUCGGUUGCCUGUCCUACAGACAACUUGGCUACCUGACAGUCGAGCCAGUCUUCCUCAUUGGCUCAAUGAGGAAGACAGUCUUCCUCAUUGGCUCGAACCUGACAGUGACCUGCCACAUCAAUGACUGCCAGAAGUGGUCGAAAAUAAUCUUGGAUCUGAACAACGAGACAGUGAAGGAUUGGAAGGAAGUCAACUGCAGCACGGCAAUCUUUAAUCUGACCAAUGUUCGGAUGCCACAAUCUUACGUGCUCUGCAAACUAAAAAGUCGUCAUGUUACCAGGAUUGUCAGUGGACUGGAUCUACAUGGCGACCUACCACCACAUAAACCUGGAAACGUUACUUGUGAAACGACGAGGGCCUCAGCCUUCAUCCACUGCUCGUGGAAGAGCGGAGCUGAAACAUACCUCUCUACUUCCUACAACGUUUCAGUUUACAGAGGAAAUAGGACGCAGGUACAUUUAAAUCAAACCCAGGAGGCUAAAGAAAUCACAAUACCCCGAAGAAUUGUCGAUGGAAAUACAAAAUACCAGUUGAUUAUCACGGCUUACAACAUCUUUGGAGCAUCACAGUCUGAUCCAUUCAUGCUGUGUGAGAAAGAUAUAGUGAUACCAGACACCCCUCAUAUUCUACACAUAGAGUUUGAGGACAGCUCCACAGCAGCAGUGCUGAAGUGGAAUACCUCUGAUUUCUCGGUGACUCUCAGAUCGUACAUCAGGCUCCUCACAGACAGCGGCUCCUGGGAAGCCAGAGAGACAACAGAGCUCAGUGAGGGUUUGAUGAGAGUGGAUGACUUGAGGCCUCUGACUGAAUACGAGUUCCAGAUCAGGACGUGUGACUCAACAUCAGGACUGACAACCUCCAGCAAGCGGCCGUCCUGCAGCAGAUGGAGCUCGUCUGUGACAGGGAGAAGUCCUGGAAAAGGUCCAUCCCAGGAGCUACACGUGUGGAGGACGUUCAGCAGCCAAUUGAUGGUGAUUGUUUUAUGGAAGCCUCCGCAUCCAGACGACUAUAGUGGUGUGGUUCAAGAAUACAAAAUCUUUUUUGAACAGAAAGAGGCAGGGACCUGUCCCGCGACUUUCAGUCAGAGGUCAGUUAUGGUACCAGCGGAGGUUCAGGCCCUGAGCGUCAGUGCUGUCACUUCAUAUGGGUCCACUCCAGCAGCUGAUGUGCCACUCACACACUCAGGUGUAUUUGGGCCUGUACUGAGAGAGCUGGCUCCUGCAGCUAACGGCAGCGCUGUGCUCGUCUCCUGGUCGUGGCCGGGGACCAAACACUGGUCCACAUCUGGAGGAGAACUGCGGCACUAUGUGGUGGAGUGGAUAAGUGUACCAGCGACACAGCUGCAGUGGAACAAGCUGGACAAAGAUCAGAACAGCACCUCCAUCACAGGUCUGACUGCAGGUGUGAGGUACAACAUCUCUGUGUACGCUGUGACCACUCGAGGUGUCAGUGCUCCAUCAUCCGGCCUCGUCUACGCCAAAGAACAGAGACCUGUGUCCGGUCCCAUCUUGUUGGUUCUGGUUCAUGAGUCCAGGCGGAUCCUGAUCCAAUGGGACAAGCUGCCUGUGGACCAGCGAAGGGGCUUUGUCACAAACUACACCCUCUACGUCCAGUCACUGGACUCCAACCACACAACACUCAGGGUGGUGGUGUCUGGAUCUGGCCCCAGACAGAUGUGGCUGGAUUGUCCUGACGGAACUCUGGCUCUACAGCUGACUGCGUCCACCUCAGCAGGAGAAGGUCCGCGAGGGAGCCAGAUUGUCUCCCAGCCUGCAGCUCCUGUAGCCGGCCUGGUGAUUGUGGUUGUUUUCAUCAUCACCUUUUUCAUAGCAAUCACAGCCAACCUGAUGUGCUGGAGCUGUGUGAGGGAAAGGAUCAAACAUAGGUGUCUUUCCUGGGGACCUGCCUGGCUUGUUGAAAACUUACCAAAACCAGAAAACAGUAAUGCCAUCAGACUACUGGAGGACAGAGGUGAACGGUUCUUCUUUUCUAGUGACAGUGACCCUCUGCUGUCGCCCAUCAGUUUGAUUUCCUGGGAGGAGAGGGACGAUGUGUAUCCCGUCAUCCAUGUAGAAGUAUCCCACUUUGGAUUAGGACAAACCAUAGCGGAGACACCUUCACUACCAUCUGAUACUGGGACUGCGCUUGUUGAAAAGCAGAUGGAACAUGUCAGCUACAAACCUCAUAUUACUACUCUGGCUUCAAAAAAAGAGGAAGUGGAAGAUGAGCCAAAGGACGUACCAGUCAAUGUCGAGGAAGAAGUAUGUUUAAGUGAAUUCAGAGGACUACCCGGAGGCUUGCUUUCUAGUGUGGAAAUAGAUUACUCUGAUUCACCUCUGGAACCGACUCUCAGCUCUUCUGAUGGCAUUUUGAGGCCUAAAACUCCUGAAGCAACAGAUGUCUUGAGUGGAGGCUUCUCGACGGGGGGGAGGGGGACUGAGAGCGAGGCUGAAGUGGACUGUCCCUCCCUGGAGUUAGACCAUGGUGUCGUCCACCCUCCUGACAUGGCAGAAACUUGUUUGUCCCAGAACACAGAGAUGAUGAGUGGAGGUUACUUCCCUCAGGUCACUACACUCUGUGACACACAGAGUUAGCUGGAACAUGUGCAUGACACAAACAGGACAAACUGCACUAAACUAACGUUCAAGAAAGCAUUACCCAAUCAACCCUUCUCCUGAGAUGUGUGACUUUGUGAGAUCACUGGAAAACUAUCAUCGGUAACUGUUAAAACCAAGUUAUUUAAGUUUAUUUAUGAUAAACUUGAAUAAACUGAGUUUGAUUCAUGCCCAUUAUCAUAAAUAUUUGGCUGUGGUUACGUUUGUACCAUAUUUUACAAAGAAUACUUUAUAUAACACUUUGAUGCAAACAAAAUAACAUAAAGUGCCAUAAAGUGCUUCACAUAAAAACAACCCCAAAAAGAACAUACAAACACACACACACACACACACACGCACACAUACACACACACACACACACACACACAAUGAAUAGUUACUAAAAUGCUACUAAGAGUAAUAAUUAUUUCAGUGGCCUUAUGGAUGGCGAUUUUGAUGGGUCUCUUUGUUUGUGUGUUUGUUUGUAUUGUUUAACAUUCAUUGUUCUCAGAUGAUACGCCCUGAGGAUUUUGAUGAUCUGUGACUUUUGUGGCCAAGACAUCCGUGAGAUUGUUUUUUCAUGCAAAUGUUCAUGCACCACUCAGGAAGAAUUUGAAUAUAUUUUGUCAUCCUCUGACUUUUCCACGACCUUCGUCAAAAGAUCAAUAAAAGUUCUGAAAAAUAUUUAUCCAUCUAUCACAACCUGCUCUGUCUGGUGGUGGGAUAUAAUAUAGUAUAUUUACGUUCCCAAUGUACUACAUUUUUAUGUACCUGUACUUUACUUAAGUAGAUUUAUUCUGUUACCUUUCCCUUUUAUUUCACUAGCUAUAUCUAUAUAUCUCUUUAGCAAAUAUCUGUACAUUCUAUCUUUACAUAGCAUUGGGUUACAUUUUCGCAUUGUAUUUUAUAUUUUUUAAAGUGAGAAAUGAGAGCAAGGACUAACCAUGCAGCAUAACCUGCAACGGAAGCAUCACUGGUGACACAUCUACAAUGUAUUUGGAAAAGGUAGAGGCUAAGGCAUAAUGCUAUUUGCAUUAGGGAAUAAGUCACACUCUGCAGGAAGAUUCAGUUUUAGUAAUUUAAACAUUUACUCAAGUAGAACAUUUAAUGGGAUAAUUUUACUUCGGUACAUUUUUGUGUAUUUAUUUGUUCUUUUACUGAAGUUAAAUCUUGGAGCUCUUCCUCCACCACUGCUCUCUUUAUACCACCCAAUUAGGAAAGUAAACUUUCAAAUUGACAGAACCUUGAUAAAUUAUAUAAUAUGAAAUGAUAACUAAUCAUCAUGUACAUGUCUGUGCCAAGUCCCGUAUUAUCGGCUGAAGAUGUUUCUCUGUUUCAGAUUGAGAUCACAUUUGGUGACCUCUGCUGUGUCUAAUACGAGACAACAGUGAAGUGUGAAAUUACUCGAAAACUUCAGUUGGGGUUUUGUCUUGUUACCUAGUCUCUGUGUGAGGUUUGAACAACCUGCAUCUGGUGUGUAUGUUUCUACUCACACAAGCACCCUCUGCAGUUAACACCUUAUUUUGAGGACUUCCUGAGAGUUAUUUCACUUCCUCAUUGGCAAUAACAUUUGCAGGAGGGUCUCUCCUUUGUCUGCGCACUUCAGCAGUAAGAAAUCUCUCACUUUAUGUCAAACAGCUCUUACUGAGCCUUGCAUUGUGAAUAAGGAUGGUACAGCGACAGGGGAAAGUCCUCCUCUGCAGCACGUGUGGAUGUGACUGACGGAGUGAGACUUUGGUCUGCGUGGAAAUUGAUGUGCUGUGUUGUUGUAACUUUGACGGGUUCAGUUUUAAAACAACCAAUCUGAGGAGCUUUGUCAUGUUCAGUUUUCUCAACCUCUAAAUGGGAUUUUAUGACCAAACCUGCAUCUGCAUUGUGUGUGGUGUUGAUUUGUGUGUAUAUGUGUCUAAUGUCAAAUGCAUGCCAACAAUAAAA